GCGCGGGCAUCGGGGCGUCGGGGCCGUUGGAGGCGCUGGAGCCGCGGCCGCUGCGGGCGCCGGGACAGGUAGAUCUAUUCAGGUGAGAGAAGAUUUCAGAAGCUGACGGUAUCUGUAUGAAAUGGAUGAGAAAUGAAAAAGGCCAAACAGAACUGGAAAGAGACAAAACACAAUCGGCUGCUUAUGGAACUUUGGCCUGAAGGAUGUGUUUGGGGACAGCCAGAAUGGACAAGUCCUUUUCAUGGGAGAGUCUUGUCUGAAAAGAGCCCGGCAGCGGCAGGCGAUUUGAGCGUCCUUCCCCCCCCUGGAGCAGCAUGGCGGGUUUCAAGAGAGGGUAUGAUGGGAAGAUCGCGGGUUUGUAUGACUUGGACAAAACCCUGGGCAGAGGCCACUUUGCUGUGGUCAAACUCGCCAGGCACGUUUUCACAGGGGAAAAAGUGGCCGUAAAGGUCAUCGACAAGACCAAACUGGACACUCUGGCCACUGGUCACCUCUUCCAGGAAGUCCGCUGCAUGAAGCUCGUGCAGCACCCCAACAUCGUGCGCCUCUACGAGGUCAUCGACACUCAGACCAAGCUUUACCUUAUCCUCGAGCUUGGAGACGGAGGAGACAUGUUUGACUACAUCAUGAAACAUGAAGAGGGUCUCAAUGAAGACCUUGCCAAGAAAUACUUUGCUCAGAUCGUUCAUGCUAUAUCCUACUGCCACAAGCUCCACGUCGUGCACCGGGACCUGAAGCCUGAGAACGUCGUCUUCUUUGAGAAACAAGGACUCGUGAAGCUGACAGACUUUGGUUUUAGCAACAAGUUCCAGCCCGGAAAGAAGCUCACCACAAGCUGUGGGUCUCUCGCAUAUUCUGCUCCGGAGAUUCUGCUCGGGGAUGAGUACGAUGCUCCUGCUGUAGAUAUAUGGAGUCUGGGAGUCAUCCUUUUCAUGUUGGUGUGUGGGCAGCCACCUUUUCAAGAAGCAAAUGACAGUGAGACCUUGACGAUGAUCAUGGACUGCAAAUACACAGUUCCUUCACACGUGUCCAAAGAAUGUAAAGACCUGAUUACGCGCAUGCUGCAGAGGGACCCAAAGCGGAGAGCCUCAUUGGAGGAGAUCGAGACGCACCCCUGGCUCCAAGGCGUUGACCCCUCCCCGGCCACCAAGUACAAUAUCCCCCUGGUUUCCUACAAGAACCUUUCUGAGGAGGAGCACAACAGCAUCAUUCAGCGCAUGGUUCUCGGUGACAUAGCUGACCGAGAGAGCAUCGUCGAGGCCCUGGAGACCAACAAGUACAAUCACAUCACGGCCACCUACUUCCUGCUCGCCGAGAGGAUCCUGAGAGAAAAGCAGGAGAAGGAGAUUCAGACGAGGUCGGCGAGUCCCAGUAACAUCAAAGCCCAAUUCAGGCAGUCCUGGCCCACGAAGAUUGACGUCCCGCAGGACCUGGAGGACGACCUCACGGCAUCCCCCCUGUCCCACGCCCCCGUCCCGCAGUCCCCCGCGCGCACGGCCGAGAGCGUCCUCAAUGGCCACAGGAACAAAGCCCUGGGGGACGCGGGGGCCAAGAAGGACGAGCUCCCGGAGCUGGCCGGGCCCGCGCUGUCUGUGGCUCCCCCGGUGAGCCUCCAGCCCACGACGAGCGGGCGCAAAUGUCUGUUCCGGGUGGAGGAGGACGAGGAGGAGGACGAGGAGGACAAGAAGCCCGCGUCGCUGCCCACGCAGGUGGUCCUGCGGCGGAAGCCGUCGGUCACCAACCGCCUGACGUCGCGCAAGAGCGCGCCGGUGCUGAACCAGAUCUUCGAGGAGGGCGAGUCUGACGACGAGUUCGACAUGGACGAGAACCUGCCGCCCAAGCUGAGCCGCCUCAAGAUGAACAUCGCGUCCCCGGGCACGGUGCACAAGCGCUACCACCGCCGGAAGAGCCAGGGCCGCGGCUCGAGCUGCAGCAGCUCCGAGACCAGCGACGACGACUCCGAGAGCCGCCGGCGGCUGGACAAGGACAGCGGCUUCACCUACUCGUGGCACCGCCGCGACAGCAGCGAGGGGCCGCCCGGCAGCCAGGGCGACGGCGGCGGCCAGGGCAGGCCGGCCAACGGCAACCGCGGCCUGGACGAGGCCGGCCCCGACGGGGGCGGCCAGGGCGGGGGCGGCCCCGCGGGCGGCGCGGGGGGCGGCGGCAGCAGCCCCUCGGGCACCACGCGCCGCUGCGCCGGCCCCGGGGAGCUGGUGGAGAGCCUGAAGCUCAUGAGCCUGUGCCUGGGCGCGCAGAUCCGCGGCGGCGCCGGCUGCAUCCUGGACCCCCAGAGCGCCUGGGCCUUUUCCAGCGUCAGGGUCCAGGAGAAGUCGGCCUGGAGAAUGUGCGUGGGCUCCGCCGGGCCGCCCCCCGCCGGGCCCCGCGUCAAGCUGUUCUCUGAGCGCAUGGUGGGCCCGGCCGAAGCGCUGGACCGGCUCAAGAGCAAGAACUUGAAAAACAGCGUCUUACAACUACCUCUGUGCGAAAAGACCAUCUCAGUGAACAUCCAGCGCGGCCCCAAGGAGGGCCUGCUGUGCGCCUCCAGCCCGGCCAGCUGCUGCCACGUCAUCUGAAGGGGGCCCUGCCACCGCUCCCCACUCCUCCUCCCUCCCCUCCUGCUCUUCUGUCCGGCCGCUCUGUCCCGCCUUCCCUCCCCACCCCUUCUUUUCCUUCCCUUCUUCCCUCGCUGCUGUUCAGAGCUGUGAACGACCCCACCUUCUCUCACUGUACCCCUGUGGUUGUUGUCUCAGUCCUUUGCCACGGGCUUUGGAGCAGUUAUCGAUCCCAUUUUCCUUUGUGUGCUUGGUGAGAUGACAAUGCAUGGUCUUUGUGCAUGCUGCUAGCCGCGACACUUUUUUUUUCCCCGCUGAAUAGUCUUAUUUCAUGGUGUAAUUUCUACAUUUAUAAUUUUAAACGGAAGGUCCAGAUGAAAUUAAAAUGUGUAUCUGGAGCCUACAUGUAAAUGGAGCACUUAGACAUUUCCUGUUCUGCACUUAGAACCUAGAGAGAAAAAUGAUGCUUUUGUUUCUUCGUGAAAAUGUUCCUCCCUGUUCUGACCUUCAGUGGUAGCAGAACCAUGGGCUAAGCAGGCUGCGCUCCUUUGUGUCUGAACUAGAACCAAAGCAAUAAUGUUGGGAUGCUGAGAACUCUGAGGGGCAGAGCUGCCUGGAGGCCCCUCCCGGCCACACCCGCUAUCUUAAGCUCUGCCGGUAUCCCGGCGGGACUUUGGAGCGAGAAGAUGACCUUGGGUCUCAAUAGCUGAGACAAGCUCCGGAUUGGCAAGGCAGCCACCCCAGUCUCGUGUUGCUAUUAGAGGCAGACAAUCUUAUUUUUUAAUAUGAUGAAGAUAAUCGAUGAAGUCUUAACUAGAGGUAGAGAAGAGAAAUCCAUACAUUGUGUGAAUCGGAGCCUCUCCCAGGGUUUCCCUUAAGAUGAUGUAGAUGCUUGGGGUCAAUAGGCCUGUAGAAUGCCAGUUCAGCAAGAAAUAAAAGGUUUAAACAGGGGUACAUGUUUAUGUUGGAACAUCAGGACAGAAUUAUAUUUUUUUAAAUCCCUCUUUGGCUCUUUGCAGGAGUUUGAGAAUAGUAUUGUCUUCUCCUCUGUUUCUUCUGUUUCUCCAUGCUCUUGAAUUCAGCCUGCCACAGAAAUUGGCUGGUUGGAACAUAUAAACCCACAUGGGGGGUGUGCGUGUGCGAAUACACACACCCUAUAUGUAUAUAUAUAUAUAUACACACAUACAUGCACACAUACACACAUGUAUAUACGUAUGCACAUACAUACACACUCAUACACAGAGACAGCCGCGCACACCCCAAGAUAAAGAGAAGAGGGAAAAAUCCCUUUUCAUAUUUUUUUCUUUGUGGGAAGCCUUCCCAUUUCAAUCCCAUCUCCUUGCUUUAAUGAUAGGAAAGUCCUUCUUGCUUUUGAACUCUUCUUGUAUGAAGAACACGUUGGGUGGAAUUUUGUUCUGCAGGAUGUGGUAUAUUGGUAGCAGGUUCUUCUCUUUGGGAAGGGCAGGAGUGGCCCCUUUCCCUGCUGUGCACUGGGUCUGAGAAGCAGAGAUUGUGACUUUGGGGAGGGCCCAGCCAGCCAGGGCCCCGGGGAGGAGGAAGCUGGCCACCCAUGACCCAGCCCAUUCUAGGGUAGAGCGGGCAAAGCCCCAAAGAAAGCAUUUUGCCGCUGGGUCCAGGCUGCUGUAGCCCCUCCCCCACUCUAUUAGCUGUGGUUUGUGUAUUGACUCUUUACCCCUUAAUUGCACAGUCUCUUUACUCAGCCAAGUAGACAAAGCUAAAAACAUUUAAUCUCCUUUCUACACCUAGACUAGAUCUUAGAGUGGCAGCGCUCAUUCCGUGUGACGUUUCUGCAUUGAAAAGCUGUGAGAAUAGAUGUGUGGGUGAAGCCAGGGAAUAUGUGUGUUUGAAACUUUUGAGCAGGGAUCUUCUCAAGGGCCAGAAAUAAAGAUGUGGGGCUCACAGAGGCGUGAGUGCGACGUCUGCAUUCAGAGGAGAAGAGACGCUUACUUAUAAAGGGCAUUGGCAAUAAACUCUUUGUUGCAGCUGUUUUUUCCAAGUAUUGUAAAUACUUUUUUCCUGUGAUUAUGUACAGCCUUGGAAUGGCACCUUUUAACUAACCCCUCUGUACUUGGUUUCCAACGGUUUUUAUAUCCAGAUGUACAUAUAUAUAGAUGUGUAUAUAAAUAUAUAUAUAUAUGGUGCUCACUUUAGAAACAGCAGUGUUGACCAUUGAUGCUGCAGCGCUGUGUCACAGCCUUAUGAGUUGUGGAUGGUUGGUGGAACCUCUGGGCGUUCAGAUGUUAGUCUGAGUGUUGUCGUCUUUAUCCAUUUGUUCCUAAGUGAAUGAUUGUGCAUGUGUCAUCUGUCCUGCUAUGUUGUCCCAUAAAAGGGAGGGAGGGAGAGAAUAACCAUUACAUUAAGAUAAUAUUGGACCAAACUAUGUACUUGCUCUAAACAGUUUCUUGUACCCCUUAACCUGUCUUUAACAGUUGCAUAAGAGUUACAGUAGUGUAUAAAUUAAAUAUUGUGGGAAAACAAUUAGUCUUGUAUUUUUCUGUAUGUGUGUAUAUAUAAUUAUGUACCUCUAACAAUUCUAUCUGUAUUUAAAGAUGUGACAAUCUUGACACAGAAUUUUAAGGACAGCCAUGAAAAUGAAUAGAUUGAGUCAAAUAGAAUUGAAUUCAGGAUAUCUCCACCAAGUAAGAAUUGUGAUGUGUUAAGAGGGUAUGGGAAUACCAGCUGAUAUGGUCAGUUACUUCCAGCAGUCGGAAUUUUCUUGUGUAAACAUUCACAGACGUGUGUGACAGAAAUGGAAAAAAAGAAUCCAACUAAUAAAGUAACAUCUUGGUGUUCGGCACAUAAA